AUGGGAAAAACAGCGGACUCUCGGGCUACGGGAGCCCGGCCCGACCCGGUGCGGAGCUUCAAUCGUUGGAAGAAGAAACACAGCCACAAGCAGAGCCAAAAGAAGCAGAUGAGGAAGCAGCAGAAGAAACCCGAGUGGCAGGUCGAGCGCGAGGUUAUCAGCCGCCUCAUGGAGAAUUACGAGAAGAUAAAUGUAAAUGAAAUUACAAGAUUUUCAGAUUUUCCCUUGUCCAAAAAAACACUGAAAGGUUUGCAAGAAGCCCAGUACCGUUUGGUAACUGAGAUACAGAAGCAGACCAUUGGGUUGGCUUUGCAAGGUAAAGAUGUCCUCGGGGCUGCCAAGACUGGAUCUGGCAAGACUUUGGCCUUUCUUGUUCCAGUGCUGGAAGCCUUGUAUCGUCUGCAGUGGACCUCAACAGAUGGGCUAGGGGUUCUGAUUAUAUCACCUACAAGAGAACUGGCCUAUCAGACAUUUGAGGUUCUCCGAAAAGUAGGGAAGAAUCAUGACUUUUCAGCUGGCCUCAUCAUCGGUGGAAAGGAUCUGAAGCAUGAAGCUGAGAGGAUCAAUAACAUAAAUAUACUUGUUUGCACACCGGGUCGGCUUCUUCAACACAUGGAUGAAACAAUAUGUUUUCAUGCUACCAGUCUCCAAAUGUUAGUUCUUGAUGAAGCAGAUAGAAUCUUGGAUAUGGGCUUUGCUGACACCAUGAAUGCUAUUAUUGAAAACCUUCCCAAGAAACGUCAGACUUUGCUUUUCUCAGCUACACAAACCAAAUCUGUAAAGGACCUUGCACGCUUGAGUUUGAAAAAUCCUGAGUAUGUUUGGGUUCAUGAAAAAGCAAAAUACAGCACCCCUGCUACUUUGGAACAGAACUACAUAGUUUGUGAGCUGCAGCAAAAAAUAAGUGUGCUGUAUUCCUUUUUGAGAAGCCACCUGAAGAAGAAAAGUAUUGUAUUUUUCUCCAGUUGUAAAGAGGUUCAGUAUCUGUACCGAGUGUUCUGCCGACUGCGCCCUGGUGUCUCCAUCCUUGCCCUGCACGGGCGACAGCAGCAGAUGAGAAGAAUGGAAGUCUAUAACGAAUUUGUUCGCAAGAGAGCUGCGGUGCUCUUUGCUACCGAUAUUGCAGCCAGGGGGCUGGAUUUCCCGGCUGUAAAUUGGGUUCUUCAGUUUGAUUGCCCAGAAGAUGCCAACACAUAUAUUCACAGAGCGGGUAGAACUGCCAGAUACAAAGAAGAUGGUGAAGCUUUAUUAAUUUUGCUUCCCUCAGAAGAAAAAGGUAUGGUGCAGAAGCUUCUUCAGAAGAAAGUGCCUGUGAAGGAAAUCAAAAUCAAUCCAGAAAAACUUAUAGAUGUUCAGAAAAAAUUGGAAUCAUUUUUAGCUCAAGAUCAAGAUUUAAAAGAAAGAGCUCAAAGGUGUUUUGUCUCCUACAUACGUUCAGUGUAUCUGAUGAAGGAUAAAGAAAUAUUUGAUGUGAGCAAGUUACCUAUACCUGACUAUGCCCUGUCUCUUGGUCUUGCUGUGGCACCACGGAUAAGAUUUCUUCAGAGAAUGCAAAAGCAACCCAGCAAGGAACUGGUAGUAAGUGAAGAUAAUAAAGUAAUUGAGCCGAGGGCUCCCUCCCUCACCAAUGAUGAAGUGGAAGAAUUUAGAGCCUACUUCAAUGAAAAAAUGUCUAUUCUUCAGAAAGGUGGGACGAGACCAGAAGGGACAGGUUACAGACCGACUAGUGGCAUUAGUGGUAAAGAAGAAGAAGAGAAAGAAGGUGAAGAAGAAAUGGACGAGAAACUGAGAAGAGCCCAAGGAUCUCCACUUGAGUCUGUCCCUGGCAGUGAAGAGUCACAGAAGAACAGGGAAGCUGCUGUGCCGUUCUUGGGCAGAGAUGACGAGGAGGAGGACGACGGCCUCGAGACUGACUUCUUUAAAGUGAAGCGGCACAACGUGUUUGGGUUGGAUCUUAAGGAGAAUAAGACACUGCAGAAAAAAGAACCUUCUAAAUCCAGUGUGAAGAAAAAAGUGACCAAGAUUGCAGAAGCAAAAAAAGUAAUGAAGAGAAAUUUUAAAGUAAAUAAGAAAAUAACAUUUACCGAUGAAGGAGAGUUGGUUCAGCAGUGGCCACAAGUGCAGAAAUCUGUUUCCAAGGAUACUGAGGAAGAGGAUGACGCUGGUGGUAUUAACUUAGAUAAAGCAAAGGAAAGGCUUCAAGAAGAGGACAAAUUUGACAAAGAGGAAUAUAGGAAGAAAAUUAAGGCAAAGCAUCGGGAAAAAAGACUGAAAGAAAGGGAAGCCAGAAGAGAAGCCAGUAAGAGACAAGCAAAGGCUAGAGAUGAAGAGGAAGCCUUUCUGGAUUGGAGCGAUGAUGAUAAUGAUGGAUUUGAUCCAAGCACACUUCCAGAUCCAGAUAAGUACAGAAGCUCUGAAGAGUCAGAUAGUGAAGAUAUGGAAAAUAAAAUCAGUGAUACCAAGAAGAAGCAGACAAUGAGGAAAAGGAACAACAGUGAAGUAGAAGACGUGGGACCAGCAAGUCGUGACAGAAAGAAAACCAAGUGGGAAACCUUAGAACCUUUGGAUACAGGCCUGUCGUUAGCUGAGGACGAAGAGCUGGUGUUACAUCUUCUCAAAAGUCAAAGCUAA